GCAACAUCAUCAAUUCUCACUAAACAAAGUGAAACUAAACGAAACCCAUGGAAGAGAAAUCCCCAGAAAAAAGCAGUUUAUUAUUAUGGGCAAGCUAAUAACCACUUCCAAACCUCUCAUCCUCCACUCCAAGCUCCUCUGUUUUUCUCUGCUCUACCUCUUCACCACUCUUUUCCUCGCUCUCUACACCACUCUGUCACAGUCCAAAUGCUUCUUCAGAUCAUCCCCUUCCGAUCCCAUUCAAAAUUCUCUCUUCUCUUACCCUUCUUCUUACGGAGAGCACAAGUACGCUGUCUCAACCACCCGUUCCACAUGCUCUUCCCCUGUCUUCUUUUCAGAUUACUGGGAUGUUGUCAAAGAGAUCAGGAAUUACCGCAAGAACAAUCCGGCUUUUUCAGGGGCUCUUAGGUAUAUGCAGGGGAAUGCUGAUAGUUUCGGAGGGAAUCUCAGCACCCUUAUGAGGUUUUCAUAUUUCGAUCAUCAAAAUGAUACCACAGCAGUUCCCUGCGGGUUUCUCAAGAAGUUUCCUAUCAGUGAUUCUGAUCGAACUGCGAUGGAAAAGUGUGACAGUAUAGUUGUUGUUUCAGCAAUCUUCAAUGAUCAUGACAAAAUCCGUCAACCGAAGGGCCUUGGGUCCAACACAUUGCAAGAAGUGUGUUUCUUUAUGUUUGUAGACGAUGUUACCCUUAAGGGUCUCGAACAUCAUGGAAUGGUUUCAACAAAAUCGAGAGAAUACAAGAUAGGUGUGUGGAGGAUUGUGAAGGUUGCAACAGAGGAUUUGUAUCAGAACCCAGCAAUGAAUGGGGUUAUACCAAAAUAUUUAGUCCAUAGGCUAUUCCCAAAUUCCCAAUUCAGCAUUUGGAUAGAUGCAAAGUUGCAACUAAUGGUUGAUCCUCUGUUGUUGAUUCAUUCACUUGUUUUAUCUGAGAAUGUGGACAUGGCUAUAUCUAAACACCCUUAUUAUGUUCAUACCAUGGAAGAAGCAAUGGCAACUGCAAGAUGGAAGAAAUGGUGGGAUGUCAAUGCAUUGAAGGUUCAAAUGGAGACAUACUGUGAAAAUGGAUUGCAACCAUGGAGUCCCAGCAAGCAGCCUUAUAUGUCAGAUGUGCCAGAUAGUGCUUUGAUAUUGAGGAGGCAUGGACUUGGCAGUAACCUCUUUUCCUGCCUUGUAUUCAAUGAGUUGGAGGCAUUUAACCCAAGAGACCAAUUGCCCUUUGCAUUUGUUAGAGAUCACAUGAAGCCCAACCUGAAGGUGAACAUGUUUGAGGUGGAAGUUUUUGAACAGGUGGCAGUGGAGUAUAGACACAAUCUCAAGAGCAGUGAUGGGACCACUGUCAAGAAAGUGUCCAGUUCAGGAAGAACCAAAAGGGCACACCCAGAUUUGUUGUAUGCGAAUGGAAGCUGCUGUAGCAAGUGCCAGAAGUAUCUUUCUAUAAUGUGGGGGGAAUCAUCAAAUGAUUAACUAAUGACCCCAUAAGCGCGAAAAAGAGGUCAAAAACACAAAAUCAAAGAAAAGUAAAAGAUUAAAGAACCUACCAGAUGAAUCUGUCUCUUAACAAAGGGUCAAGGAGAUUAAAAUGAAAAAAGAAAUUAAAAAAAAAAAAUUAUUUUAUUAAUAGAGAAAAAGCUGACAACCUGUUACAAGUUAGCAGGAAUGUCCCCUACGUUCUUUUCUUCUGUAUUUAUUCGUUUUAAAAUAGUAGUAUUAUUCUGUGUGCUCAAAAUUUUUUUAAUCAUUGAAUUGUGCACGUCGUUGUUGUAAUGUAAUCAUUAUGAAAAUGAUUUGCUUCUUAAAUAAGAAGAUGCGGUAAUCCCAAGGUAGCGUGGAAUUCGGAAUAGACGUAGCGGUCACUCAUUCCAUACUUUUUCACGACAU